ACGCAGGCUUCCUCUAAGCAUACUGAGCUGCCAGGGACGGACAGGGGAGGGGAAUAGAGAGCAUAAUUGCUCAGCUUGUAGGCAGCUUGUAGCUUGUAGGCAGGCAGACAGUUUAGGCAGAGAGACACAGAAGAACACUUGGAGAGAUUGAGAGGAGGCACAAAAUAAAGAAAGAGAGAAGUAAGAUAAAAGGGAAACAAAUCACCAACAGCAAAAAAAAAUUGAUCCCAACAAGAUGCCAAACGCCACACCACCAGGCUGGAACCCAGAUGAGAAGUCUGGGAUGGGACAACCAGCUCCUCCACCCUACCAGGACCAACCCAACGCAGGAUACCCCGCACCAGCAGGCUACCCCCCCAAUCCCCAGGGCUACGCACCACCGCCACAGUAUGGAGGAGCUCCCGGGGCCCCUUACAGCCAGCCAUACCCCCAGGGACAGUACUCCCCGGGACACUACCCCCAGUCCACCGUCACAGUCCAGCCUACGGUGUUUGUGACCCGUGGAGCUCUGCCUUACCCUCUGCCAGACUACCUGGGCUACUCCAUUUUCACCAUGCUGUGCUGCUGCCUGCCACUUGGCAUCGCUGCACUUAUCUACUCCAUCUCGACUAGAGACGCCAACAACCAGGGUCAUCAGCAGAUUGCUGAGAAGAAUUCUCGUCUAGCGCGGAUACUGAACCACACCGCCCUGGGUAUCGGCAUCACCGUCAUCGUCCUGUACAUCGUGUCUGCCAUCAUCCUGGGCAACCGUAUCGACUGAUCUGACACCUCAACACCGGCUAGCACCACAGCCACCGCUUCUCUCAACCCCAGCACCCAAAAUCAUCAUAACCUUGACCACAUACAAUAGGUGCCGGUGACAGGCACUUUCCAAAGAGAUACAUCCCACUGGGGACACGCUGGUUGAAUCAACGUUGUUUCCACGUAAUUUCAAUGAAAUGGCGUUGAACCAACGUGGAAUAUACGUUGAAUUGACGCCUGUGCCCUGUGGGAUAUAUCAUAAUGCUGUUUAUUCAUCAAUGUUUAUGACAUUCAUUUUGAAAAACUACAUCUAAUGACUUACUUUUUUUAAUACCGGCAGACCGGAUAGCUUAAAUCAUUCAUUAUUUUGCCUGUUUAAUUGUAUAUUUAAUAUACAUGAAUAAACACAAAAUUAUGGACACAAAUUGUAUUUUGGAAUAUUUCUAAUACAUUUCUGAAAGAUAGUGUAUGUACAUUCAGUGUGUAUGGAUAAGUCAUCUCAGAGUUUAAAGACAGAUUUGACAAUGUUAUGAGAAUGCAGCAGAAAGAGACUAUUCUUACAGUCUGAAAUGACAUGUAUUACUGGUUGUCAUUACACAGAGUGCCAGUGAGGUUACCACUCACAAGAGUAAACAUUUUACAACU